CCCGAAGCCUGGUAUAGGCUUACGCGGCCUCGUUCUGAAGUUCGAUCCCAUCGUUCCAGAACAAGUAUGGCGGAAGGCGGAAGCUUAUCAACAAGUAUACCGAAGUGAUAACCUGCAACAGCUGCAUAAUUUAUAAUUUCACAGACGUUCUUUAGUACAGGGAGGAACCACUUCGCAAGACAACAUGGCAUCUGAAACCCCCCUGCCCAAGGGCUGGACCAAGAAGGUUGUUCUACGUCAGUCUGGUGCAUCCGCUGGCAAGACAGACACUUACUUCUACAGCCCUGAAGGGAAGAAGUUUCGAUCGCGCACAGAGAUAGCGAAGUACUGCAAAGACAAAGGGCUGAAGAUCGAUGUCGAAUCCUUCACAUUUGGCGGGAAAGUGACGUCACCCGCGAAGAAAACUCCUGCGAAGGAAACGCCCACAACCUCCAGGGGACGCGGCCGGCCCCCAAAGUCAGCAGCGAAAGAAAAGGAACAACAAAAAACGCCGGGGAAGCUGGUAGUGAAGAUGCAGUUUUCACCACCGAAGAAACGAUCCAAGAGUUCGGACAGCUCCUCCAAGGAGCCGGCUGCAAAGAAACCGAGGGGUCGACCUCCAAAAGCCAAGCAGGAAGUCAAGGUCAAGUUCCCCAUGGGUCCUAAGGCAGCCCAAAGUCCGAAGAAGGGUAAGGCACCAGCAAAGAAGGAAAGAAAGGCGCCGGCGGUGAAGAAACCAGCGAAGCCUGUGAAAGAGAAGAAGGCGAAACCAGCAGCUAAGAAGGCGGCGAAGGCCCCGCCCAAGGCCAAGCCUCCUGCCAAAGUCGCUAAGCCCACUGCACCGAAACCGCUCAAGAAACGGAAAGCCCCCGAAGAAACCGGGACAGCGGCUUCACCGACCAAGAAAGCGAAGCCGGAGAAGACGCCAGAAUCUCCCUCCAAGUCUGAAAAAACAGACGUAGCAGAAACAAACGCACCAGCAGCAGAAACAGUUGCAGACACAGCAGCAGCAGGAGAAACAGUUGCAGAUGCUGCAGCAGGAAAAAUGGUUCCUGACCCAGCAGAAACAGACCCUGCAGCAGAAGAAACAGCAGAAACAGACCCUGCAGCGGCAGACACAGCAGAAACAGAUGCAGCAGCAGUAGAAACAGGUGCAGACACAGCAGCAGCAGGAGAAACAGUUGCAGACCCUGCAGCAGGAGAAACAGAUGCAGCAGUAGGAGAAACAAUCAAAGAUGCAGCAGAAACAGACACAGCAGUGGCAGAAACAGACACAGCAGUGGCAGAAACAGACCCUGCAGCAGCAGAAACAGCAGAAACAGACCCUGCAGCAGCAGAAACAGCAGAAACAGACCCUGCAACAGCAGCAGGAAAAAUGGUUGCAGACCCUGCAGCAGAAACAGAAGUCAGUCCGUAUUUCAGCGGCGCGGCAGGUAACCUCCCCCCGCCGAAGGAGAAGUUCUCGGCCACCAAAUGGACGCCGCCGCGAUCGCCCUUUAACCUCGUCCAGGAGCACCUGUUCCACGACCCCUGGAAAGUUCUGGUGGCGACAAUUUUCCUUCAGCGGACCACAGGCCAGAAAGCGAUUCCGGUGAUGUGGGAGUUUUUCCGUCGCUGGCCGUCAGCCGAGGCGACGCGCGGCGCGGACUGGAGACCGAUAUCUGAGCUUCUCCAGCCGCUCGGACUGUACAAGAGACGCGCACAAAUCCUCAUCAAGUUCUCUGAGGAGUACCUGACCAAAGACUGGACGUACCCAGACGAGCUGUACGGUAUCGGCAAGUAUGGAAACGACUCUUACAGAAUCUUCUGUGUCAACGAGUGGAGACAGGUGAUGCCGAAUGACCACAAGCUGAACGACUACCAUAACUGGCUAGUGAAGAACCACAGGGAACUGGGGAUAUAACAGGGCUAUACCAUGACUGAACUUCAAGUAGUAAUACACAGCAAUCAAGUAGUGGAUUAACACAUGGCUAAUUUGGUGCAAAGGUAGCAUAGUGAAGUUAGAAUUUUUAGCAAGCCAAAGUUAUAGAUGUAUGACUUCUCACAGCACAUAUUAGACUUCUAUUAUAGAGUUACUAUCAUUUUUUUACAGUUUUAAAAUGUCUGGUGUACAUGUUGAAAUCCCUUUGUCUUAUGUUUUAUUUUAGCAACAUUUUAUGUACACUUAUAAGUACAUUUAGAAAGACAUUUUGAUGUUUAUUGGUGACUUGCAUCACUGACAAGAAAGGUAUAAAUAUUUAGUAACAUAGCAAUGUGCAAGAAUACAAAAGUUUCCAGCCAUUCCAUCUAUAUAUCUGUGCAAAAAAAACUUUUAUAUAAAGUGAAGUGUAAUAAGAUUAAUCAUGUUCAACAAUAGAUGGUGAGAAAAUGGUGAAGGUUGAAAUUAUUUGGCAUUAAAAUGUGAACAGUAUGAAUGUAAAUGCCUUGCAUGGUAUAUGUAUAUGCACAGGGAUAUAUUCCAUGCACAGGGAACUUAAAGAUAUGAAAGAUUUGACAUAUUGAGGCCAGAAUCAUUCCAAACCAUUGAUGAAACUAACUGUAGAUGAAACCAAAUAACACCUCGAGAUGCCUUAAAUGAAAACAUGAUGAUUUUAAAGCCUUUUAUGUGAAACUUGUGAUCAUUCAUUUGAAAAAUAAACUUUUUAUUACAUGGGUAUAUGAA